AUACCUAGUCCUUUAGGAAAGUCUUCUUGUCAAGAGAAAGACCCAUUGCACAUAGAAAAGAUAUGCAGUCCAACCAGAUCUCAUUUUCAAACCAUUUCUUUCCUCUUCCCUUCCAAGGGGCAUCAGCAUUUUAGAAAAAUCAGGCUAAUUGUCAUGUAGUAAGUCAAAACAUAGAUACAAAAGAUAGUGAUGAGAAAGAGGGCUAUUCAGUUUUUCUCAUUGCUUCUGAUCAAUCUCUGCUGCCAAAGUCAUGGCAUCGUUCAUCCAGAUUGUUAAACUCAAAGUUUUGUUAUUUGUCAUUGCCCUACUUUCCUCUUCAAGUGUAGCUGUUUUUGCUUCUUUGGCCAAUAGUGAAAAUGGACAAGAACUAGAGGCUCUUCUCAAAUGGAAAGACAGCCUUGACAAAUCAUCUUCUGAUCUACUUUCUUCAUGGGACUUUUCUCCGAGCAAUGAUACUUCUCCUUGUGACAGGUGGUUCGGAAUCACUUGUGAUAAAUUUGGUAGCAUCAUCCAUAUAAACCUUACGAACAGCCAAUUAAAAGGUACGCUCCAGAAUUUUAAUUUCAUAUCCUUCCCUAACCUUCUUAGCCUGGACCUUAGUAACAACUCACUUUAUGGAACCAUUCCUACCCAUAUCAGUAAUCUCUCAGAACUAUCCUACCUUGAUUUCUCAGCAAACAAUCUUAAUGGUUUUAUCCCAGAGUCCGUAGGAAACUUAGCCAACUUGAACAUACUUUACCUUAAUAACAAUCAACUUUCCGGAUCAAUUCCCCCCACGAUUGGGAACUUGACGAAGCUCACUGGAUUGCACCUGUCACUUAAUCACUUGACUGGUCACAUCCCUAAAGAGGUAGGAAGGAUGACAUCCCUUACUGAUCUAAAACUGCCCAUGAACAACCUCAGUGGUCAACUUCCUGCAGAAAUUAGCAACCUUACAGCAAUGAAGAUAUUGUUAAUGGGAACUAACAGGUUGUCUGGCUACCUACCAGAUCGUAUAUGCUCUGGUGGCUUACUCGAAAGACUAUCCGUGCACACAAACCAUUUUGUAGGUCCUAUCCCGAAAGACUUGAAAAACUGCAGCAGCCUUGUUAGAGUUCGUUUUGAAGAGAAUCAACUCAUAGGAAACAUAUCAGAGGUUUUUGGCGUAUACCCAAACUUGAACUAUAUUGAUUUGAGUUACAAUAAAUUCGUUGGCAAGCUUUUGCGAAACUGGGGCCUGAGUCAUAACCUGACUAGCUUCAAGAUUUCCAACAAUAAGAUAGUUGGCCCAAUACCUGCUGAGCUUGCCAAAGCGACCAACCUACAGAUUCUUGACCUAUCCGCAAAUCAACUAGCAGGUAGGAUCCCAAAGGAGCUAGGUGGCUUGGCAUUGUUGUUCAGUCUCGAACUGAAUGAUAAUAAACUUUUAGGCAGUGUUCCUACAGAGCUUGGGUUUCUGUCUGAUUUAGCAAAACUUAACCUUGCAGCAAACAGAUUAAGUGGUUCAAUUCCUGGACAAUUAGGACAAUUUUCAAAACUACUGUACUUGAAUUUGAGCAAUAACUGGUUCACUGGAAAGAUACCCUUCCAAAUUGGUCGUCUAGGCUCUCUCCAGAAUCUUGAUCUUAGCCUCAAUUUGCUGACAGGAGAAAUACCAUCAGAACUUGGAUUGCUAAAGAGCCUGGAAAACUUCAAUCUUUCCCACAAUCAGCUCUCCGGCUAUAUUCCCACCACCUUUGACGAGAUGUUAAGCUUGACAACUGUUGAUGUAUCCUACAAUAUGUUGGCAGGUCCUCUCCCUAGCAAUAUAGCCUUCAGAAGAGCACCAGCAGAAGCACUUGAACAUAACAAAGGCUUGUGUGGCAACACAACCGCUAUGGAGACCUGCCGCACCAUGGUAAAAAAAUCCAAGGGGAAACUCAGCAAAAAAGUUUUGAUGUCAAUUGUAGCCCCCCUUUUGGCUACUUUAAUCCUUUUGUUCAUCAUUGCUGCAACACUCUUUACUCGGUCACGCAGUGCAAAGAAUAUGAUUGAAACAAGAGAACAGGAAAAGGAAAAUUGUUUCACCAUAUGGGGUUUUGAUGGGAAAUUGAUGCACGAAUGCAUCAUUCAAGCAACAGAGGACUUCAACUCCAAAUACUGCAUUGGAAAAGGUGGGUCUGGAAGUGUUUACAGAGCCAAGCUUCCAACAGGACAAGUUGUUGCUGUGAAGAAGCUUCAUGAAUUGGAUGAUGAUGAAGUGGCCAAUCUCAAAUCUUUCAGCAACGAGGUCAAUGCAUUGACAGAAGUAAAGCACCGAAACAUUGUCAAGCUUUAUGGUUUCUGUUCUCAUGCUAAAUACUCAUUUUUGGUUUAUGAGUAUCUUGAAGGGGGAAGCUUGGCAAAGAUACUUAAACGUGAGGUAAAAGCAAGGGAGUUAGACUGGAAUAAGAGGAUACAAGUUGUAAAAGCUGUGGCAAACGCUUUAACUUAUAUGCAUCAUGAAUGUUUUCCUCCUGUAAUUCAUAGAGACAUAUCGAGCAACAACAUUUUGUUGGAUUCAGAGUAUGAAGCUCGCGUUUCAGACUUUGGUACUGCUAGGAUUUUAAAUCCUGAUUCAUCCAAGUUGACUUCAUUUGCAGGCACUGUUGGAUACUUUGCUCCAGAGCUAGCUUAUGGAAUGGAAGCAAAUGAAAAAUGUGAUGUUUAUAGCUAUGGGGUGUUGACAUUGGAAAUCAUAAUGGGAAAGCAUCCAGAAGAUCUGUUAUUGUCUCUCUCACUGCCAACAUCAAUCACCACCCACCGAAUUUCACUCAAGGACUUAUUGGAUCAUCGGCUUCCACCUCCAAUAGACCAGGUAGCAGAGGAAGUAGUCUUCACUGCAAAGUUAGCAUUUUCCUGCCUGCAUACCAGUCCACAGUUUCGGCCAACCAUGCAACAAGUUUCUCACCAGCUUUCAGCCCAAAAGCCACCUUUGUUGGAUCCACUGGACAUGAUUAAACUAGAAAAACUACUUUAAAGUUCUGUACUGUGCUUUGAUCGCAAGUUCUUUGAUUUGUUUAAUGUUGUCUGAUAUAUGAUGCAGCAGUCAAU